AUGAAACAGGAUUUCGGUGAGGUAGUUAGCGUCGUUUCCAAAGAACCUCGUGAUACGGUGAGUCGCACAGCUUCAUCGGUACGUCAGCGUAUUACGGCUAUGGCGGAUGCUGCGUUGAAACUGGACCCGAGCGAAUUUUCCUUACUACCAGAAACUAGUGGAGAUCAAGAAAACCGUUUGGCACCCGAAGAUAAAGUUGCCACACCUCCAAACCUGUCCGAAUUACCUUCACUGUCUUCAAUACGCUCAGAUGUCUCGCACCUAUUCACCGGAUUUGUGUCUUCCUUAUUCGGCGCGGAUGACGAGCAACAGACGAGAGGAAGCAGAGAUCGGCGUGAGGCACGUCUCCAAAUAAUUCGCGCAGACCCGGCAACAUACGAACGUGAGCCAGCGACACCACCAGCACAUUUAGGCGUGCACAGCUAUGCUGACUGGCGUGCGGCCUAUUUUGACGAAACGACUUGUCAACCGCGACCAGGAAUUCCCUUGUGCGGAGCAAGAAAUCCUGCGAACGACGACCAACCGGAUGACGCGUUAUUAGAACCACCACAUCCCAGUCCUGAGGAGCUGCUGGACAAAUAUCCAUUCAUGCGUACCUAUCUAACUCAGUUGGUACGGGUGGACGGUCAACUAAGUGGUAAAGGUCUGACGGACGCUGAUUUCUGGUCUCGAUAUUACUAUCAUGUUUGGUUGUUGGAUGUGACCGAGCGUCGCAGACAGAAAUUGGCUGCCCGAGUCGCUUCCACUACCACAUUGAAAGCAACAGGUGGAAUAGGUACUGCUGACCGAUCUUCGGAGUCCGUGGACCAGGCCGAUGGAGCGAAUCGCGAUGAAACGAACGAUUGGUUUGUAGGUGAUUCAGAUGCGGAAGACAGUGUCGAAUCAAAAAUCACUCAAGGCCCAACAAUCCCAUUUUCGCAACCUUUACCGACCGAAACCGCCAACUCGACGGAUUCCGAGUUGCAAGCAUCAGCUGUGAAACUGCUUGAAACCCAUGCGGCUGCACAUGCAAAAGGAAGCAAAUCUACCGGCAAGUCCCGACGUAAACGGGUGAAGAAGCGCAGCGGGUCAAACAUAAACGACGUUCAUCUUCACGGUUCAGAAUCCCUGGUACAUCCUAUGCCUGACCAAGAAUCGUCCGUUGCCACUACUACAGUUGUUGAGGUGGAGCAGGCUAAACCGGUGUUGAAUUUCCCAACUCCGUCUGAGCCCACCACUUCUUCGGAAUUGGUUGGGGUGCCUCGACCCAUUGGGGAAUCCGACGAUUUUUUCACCUCAGGAUCGUCUUCCGUGGUUGUCUUGAGCAAUAGCGAAGAUGAACCGGAUCUGCAACUGUCGAACACAGUGAUGCCCGAGUCUGCGCAAGUGACUGCCGUCGGUGAGGUUACUUCGAACAUAUCCGAAAUGAAUAUUGGUAAGCACGAAAUAGUCCGAUGUGUUUAUCCUUCACAUCAAACUGAUUAG